UACUCUUCCCGAUGAAGUUUUGAAAGUAAUAUUGUGAAGAUAUUUCUUGACGAAAACUUGGAAGAAAAAACAUUUCCCGCCAUUGGUAAAGGAGAACGUGAACGGCGUAGAGUGAUUUGAAAGUGUGAACUCCGACUUGAAAUGGUGAAGGAUGUAUUGGAGUGAGGGAGGUCGCCGCCCCGUCGAGGACACCCCUCACCAUCACCCUCACCAUCACCUGGCGGGUGUCAGCCACAUGUCUGCCCCGCCCCCACCCAACACCAAGGUGAAGUUGGAGCGAGUGCUGGGGCUGACAGUACCCAGUAACGCCGCCCUCGACUGUGACCCCCACACCGGCCACGUCGCCUAUCCUGCAGGGUGUACCGUAGUGUUGCUCAACUCGCGCAAGAACCGUCAACACCACCUGCAGAAUGCCUCCCGCAAGACCAUCACUUGCGUGGCGUUCUCUCCAUGUGGGCGCUACCUGGCCACGGGGGAGUGUGGCCACCAGCCCUCUGUCAGGGUGUGGGACGUCUCCGACAGGUCCCAGGUGGCAGAGUUCCAGGGCCACAAGUACGGCAUCUCCUGCGUGGCAUUUUCUCCAACCCAGAAAUAUGUUGUUUCGGUUGGGUCUCAGCACGACAUGAUUGUUAAUGUCUGGGACUGGCGAGGAGGGAUUAAAGUUGCUUCCAACAAGUUUUCCAGCAAAGUAAAGGCCAUCAGCUUCGCUGAAAAUGGCUCUUAUUUCGUCACUGUUGGCAAUCGUCAUGUCAAGUUUUGGUACCUAGAAGUUGCACGAGGUUCCAAGUUUAAGGAGCCAGUGCCUCUUACUGGUCGAUCUGCUAUUUUGGGAGAGCAGAGGAAUAAUUAUUUCUGUGAUGUUGCCUGUGGUCGAGGAGACAUGGGAGAUUCUACGUUUGCCAUUACUAAGUCAGGCCUUCUCUGUGAAUUUAACAACAGACGAUUGUUGGACAAAUGGGUGGAGCUUCGAACAACAAGUGCCAAUUGCGUGGUAGCUGGCGAGGGCUACAUAUAUGUAGGAUGUGCUGAAGGUAUUAUUCGUUGCUUUAGCCCAUUCAACCUGCAGUUUGUCACCACUCUGCCACGAACUCAUUACCUCGGUGUGGAUGUAUCGAAGGGCUUGAGCAUCAGCCACAUGGCCACUCACCCCAAUAAUGCCAAGUACCCUGACACCAUUGCCAUAGCUUUUGAUGAGAGCAACCACAAAGUGACGGCAGUGUAUAACGACCACUCUAUGUAUGUGUGGGACGUCAAGGACAUUAAGAGGGUUGGAAAAACCCACUCGUAUUUAUACCACUCUGCCUGCAUUUGGGGUGUGGAGACAUACCCUUCCCAGGGUGAAAGCAUUAAAGGAGUGAUGCCUCCUGGCUCUUUCAUCACCUGUUCCUCUGAUGACACCAUACGUGUUUGGAAUAUUGAUCCUGCCAUGUCCUCGAAUACGUUAUACAAGAGGAAUAUAUACAGCAGUGCUCCUGAAGUGGAACUUCUCAAAACAUUGUAUGUGGAUCCAGAACUAGGAUUCAUCAAGGACACAGAUGUCAACCCUCAAGGUGGGGACAGAAAUGAUACGUCAUAUGAUUCUCGUAAUGGUGUGAGGUGCAUCAGAGUCAGUCCUGACGGCAAGCACCUGGCAUCUGGAGAUCGAGCAGGAAACAUUAGAGUACAUGAAUUGCAAUUUCUUGAUGAGUUGUGUAAGAUAGAAGCUCAUGAUGCAGAGGUGUUGAGUUUAGAAUACUCCCGUCCUGACACCGGUCACAGGUUCCUGGCUUCGGCAUCUCGUGAUAGACUGAUUCAUGUGUUUGCAGUGGACCAGGAUUACAGUUUUGUGCAAACUUUGGAUGAUCAUUCUUCAGCCAUAACAUCAGUAAGAUUUUACCAGAGCCAAGGUGCACUGCAGAUGGUUUCCUGUAGUGCCGACCGCUCCAUUAUCUUCCGUAGUGCCACCAUGACUGCACAGAAUGAAGUUUGGUUUUCCCGUGGCCACAAUGUUGCUGGAAAAACUACUUUAUAUGAUAUGGAGGUGGACCAUGGUCAGCGGCACGUCCUUACUGCAUGUCAAGAUCGUAAUAUUCGCGUGUAUAAUGUUAACACUGGCAAACACUCUAAAACCUUCAAAGGAUCUAUUGGUGAUGACGGGACCCUGAUAAAGGUUGUUCUCGAUCAGAGUGGCAUCUAUGCAGCGACUAGUUGUACAGAUAAGAAUAUGUGCAUAUAUGAUUAUUAUUCUGGGGAGUGUAUGGCCACAAUGUUUGGUCAUUCUGAGCUAGUCACUGGACUACGCUUCACAAGCGACGGUAAACAUCUCAUCACUGUAUCUGGAGAUGGCUGCAUCUUCUUGUGGAAGAUGCCUCACGACAUGACCCAGACAAUGACAGCAAGAUUGGCCCAGCAAGCAGAAAGAGCUACUAAAGAAAAGCGAAAACCACAGAGACAGAUUAUUGACAAUGAAGACUUCAGGCCUGCAUCUGAGGAUAUCUUUGAUCACAAUGCUAAUGAGGAGGAGGAGCCAGAUUAUAGGUUCAGUGUGGGGAAGUUACCACUGUGGGCAAAGAAGCAAAUGACAGAAUCUCAAGGCCCUGGUGGCGGUGCUGGAGACAGAGCAGGAGUGGACAUGCCUAAAGGUCGAUGGGCUCAGCGCCUCCCAAACAAUGCUAUCACCUUCAAAAGCCAUUAUGAUACUGAUUCUGUUAUACCAUUUCCAGCAAGGGAGAAACGUCCGGCAGACUCCGAGUCUAGUAAAGACAGCUCAUUAGAUGACAGUGUGGGUGUCCACAAACAGUACAGUGGUGCACGCAGAGAGAAUUUGAUGCUAGCUAAACAGAAUUCGGGUGGCGAUCCUGACUUUGUUCCUUGUCCAGACAGUUUAAAGGAAAUUAUUUCUGGGGCAGAAACUUUUCAGAAUACACACUCUAAAGUUACUAAAAGAAGUUGUGAGCCAAAUGGCCGAAACCGACACCACACUGAUGAAAGUGAUGCCAGUAGUUUACGAGUGGAUGAUGGUGCAACUGACCACGAUGGAGACAUUGAAGAUUGCAGUGAACACGAUGAUGAAAGUACAGAACCUGAGCAUUCAGAACACCUCAUGUACUAUCCUCAUAAUGAUGACACAGCUAGUGACUUCACAGUAAAUGCAAUGGAUGUAGAAGAGUUACGACGCUCUCAGCGCCGCCACAGAAAAGCUCGACCAGAGAGACCCACAGAUAUUCCAUUAUUAACAGUAUCUGGCUCUCAAGAUUCCGACGAUGAUGAUGAGGUUUCUACACCGAGUGCCGACACUGCUGAGCGUAACAUUAUGUCCAUGUUAAGUGUAAGCACCGAGAGUAUUGAUCGUGUUGGCAGGCGAGAGAACUUUCUCAAGACUAAUUAUGAGUCAUUAGAAGGAGAGGCUGCAAGACCCGAAAAAGAAGUAAAAAAUAAAAAUAGUAUAUCUUAUAAAUUUAAUUCAAGACACAAAGAGACACAAGUGUCAAACAAAAGAGAAGAGCUUUUGAAGAGAAUUGAAGAAACAAGAAAGAAACUUCAAAGUAUUGGAUAUAAGUCUAACCUAAGAAAUAGCAAGAGCAUCUCGGACCUUAGCAACAUCCCUGAGAAAGAUACAUCUUAUAUGUCUGGGAACCAAGAUGGCGGGAGUGGCGACAGUGGGUUCAGCAGCAGUCCUGGUGGUGGCGGCAGUGGUGGGUUACGCCGCACGUGCUCGCUCAGUGACCUCACCAUCCCAGGUGCCCCACGACGCCUACUGCCAACUCCCCCCUCGGCUGGUGGAAAGAAAAUGGGUUCCAAAACUAGUAGUAAAUCCCCUGGGCGAUCAUACUCCUCAUUGUCGCGUUCUAGCUCCAUUGGCGUUCUUAACCAGACCGGUGAAGAUAUUUCAAGAAGUGAACGUCCAAUGCGCCCUACAAUAGCAUCAAUGAACAAAAUGACUCCGCGUGCCCUGAAAAGGAAGGCAUCUCUCUCUCAGGCAGUUUCCACAGGUGAUAUUCGACAGUUCCCUGAAGAUUCCAGCUCAGAGGAUGCUUCUCCAUCGGAUCAUAAAAAUACACGCAGUCGCACUCAUGGUGGUGACAGGCGCGGCAACCUUCCCACUCGUGCGGUGAGUGAGCGUGACCUCACCCGCAGUAACAGCCUGUCCAGUAAAUCCAGAGGAGAAUCGGUACGAGGGCGGUAUGCUUCAGCAGCUUCUCCAGUUUCAAGACGUGGCCUUCCUUCUUCUGACAUCAGCAGACCAUCCUCUGCUGCCUCGACUGUUGAUAUGAGUCCUGAGGAAUAUCCUACCCGUGAUGAUCUUGCAUACAUUGACUUUGAAAAUAUGCCAUUGAGUGUUAGCGUAGUUGAAAGUGCAUGUGAAUGGGUUGUGGAGGGGUGUGAACGUUUGAGUCAACUCUGGUGGCGAGCAUGUAGUGAGGGAGGUGGAGAAGAGGAUCAUCACCGAGCUCUCCGAUCUCUCUUACUAGGGGCUGCUGCAAGAGCUACUCAUGCCCUUACUCCUCUUACUGCACCUAAUGCUGCACCAGCUCCAUCUUUAAUGUCCCCAACAGCCCCACCACCACAAGCAACAGAUAGUAAGGAUCCACGGGUGGUAGCAAUGAUGCAACAAUACACUGAUAUUCUGGUUAAUAUGGUUCAACAAAAGAUGGCAUCACAUCAACCACCUCCAGGACCAGCGUAAUAGUGUAUCCCUCCCAACAGUCACGAAGUCCAAAACCCAAACCACUGAUAGUCAUAUGUUUUAAAAGGAGGUGUGUGUGGUUUAUGUAGAAUGAUGAGAAUGGCUAGGAAACUAUUUUAUUAUGGUUUGUUUCAAGCUAAAGACUGCAUAUAUGGGUAUGUGUGGGCAUGUGUGUCAAGUGUGCGUGUGUGUGUGUUUGCAUGUGCGUGUUUUUGUGCCGAUGUGUGUUUGGGAGGUGUGUGUAUACAUGUAUAUGUAUACAUACAUAUAUGAGUGUGUGUAUAUGCAUCAAGUGUGUGUGUGUAUGCAUGCAAGUAUGUGUGUUUACAUAUGUGAGUGUAUAUGUGUGUGUACUCGCCUAAUUGUGUGUGUGUGUGUGUGUAUGCAUGCAUCAAGUGUACAUGUGUAAUGUGUUUAAUUUUUUUUUUCACUCCGGUCAAAAAUAUUAGUGAUUUUUAAGAUUCUCAUGUAGUAUUGUGUUGUCUGUCCAGAAUGCCUGGUAUUUUCUUUGCUAAGGAAAGUAGCCUUUAUGCAAGUGAUAAUGCCAUUGUGCUCGUUUGAAUUGUAAGGGUUAGAUACUACAUUCCAGGUUGUCUUGAGAAUUGUUUCUAUUUUAGGGCAAGAGUUAUUUUCAGAACUCGCUAAGCCCAAUUUGCUGCCAAAGCUCUCACGACCACUAUGUCAUUUUAAUUGUCUCCUGCCAUAUAUAAUCUCAUUUCACUCAAUAUAAAAUUGAUAUGAAAAUGAAUUUGAUGAUUGUGUACCUUCUCUUUAUAUUUGGAGUUUUAACAGUGUAGCUUUCAUUGGGUCAGUGUGAUGAAUCAGAUGCAUAGUGAUCUGUACAAAGUGGUUGUCAGGUGAGAGUGGCUUAUUGACGCAAGGCUGCACCACACGUAUGGCACACAGGCUGCCUCAAUGUAGCAAUAGGCCGUUUGCCCCAAGUUGAAGGUGAUCUUUUGAGAAAAUCUUUUUUUUUUUCUUUAUUAUAUAAAUAUAACAGUUUGUUCAUACUUCAUUUAACAGCAUGUUUUUUUUUUAUUUUAUAAUUUUAACUAAAAUUAUAUGCUAUUAACUUGUCAGUUAGUGUAUUGGACAUGGUGAAGGCUUACUGCUGAUUUGGGCUGGCUGUUUACCUUAUGUUUUAGAAUCUGUUUUAUAUACCCUUGCUGUGCAAAUUGUACUGCCUGGUCUUGCUACUGUAAUAUGGCACUUUCUAAAGUUUAAAUAGUUUUUCUGUUCUUGAACUUAAGGUGGUUUUUGAUAGUAUCUAAUAUAAAAGUAAGUCUGGCAUAUUUUUGCUUUUGAGUACUGUAUUUGAAACAUUUAAAGUUUUCUCAUAAGGGCUAUAUGUAAUAUUUUCAGUUUUAUUUAUAUCUGCUUUACCACCAAAUAAACAAGACCAGGCAGGGUUAUGUACCCAGCCACAUAUGGUAUCGCUAAGUGUGGAGGGUAUUGCUGCAAUCUUGCGUUGAUUUCCACUCAUCGAUACCAAAAAUUGUUGCUGUUGCUCACUACUGUCUGUGCUCAUACUGGAGCUAAUUUCAGAUAUUUGUAUAUUGUGUGCAAUUUAUUGUUUUAUGUAUACUCCCCAUCUGUUAAAUACAUGACUUUCUUUAAAUACUGAACAUAAGUGAUAAAUUGUAAAUUUGAAUUAAGUAAAGCUUUGGUAAAAGCUUGGACAGUAUUGUUUUGAACAACAUUUAGUUGUAAUAAGUGUUAGCCCCUAACACUUGUGGCAGGACACCCUUGCCCCCCAUACCAUAAAAAUCAAAACAAGCUGUUGGAAUCAGAGAUAAAAGCUUUCAGAUCGAUAAGAGAUUCUGUUUAUUGUUUAUUGUAAUUCUCUCCUUAAGCAGAAAGAAAUCAUAAAUUGUAUUUUAGCUCUGGUGGAUGUAUUAGUUGAGGCUUGUGUGCGUUUGGUAACAAAUGUGACACUAAGCCCUCGUCCUACAGUGGGCUAGGGGCAGUUGUGGGAGCAAUGAUGUGUCUUUACAAGUCCUUAAUUUUAAUUGCAUAAAUACUUGAAAAAAGAGUAAGAUAAGCUGGGGUGAAUAAAGUCAAGCUCCCCAUGGGUGCCAGAAGGUGCCAAGGUAAGAGGUGUGCCAAACCCUUACAUGCAUAGCUUAGUGUCUUGCAUGUUUGGGAGUGUAUAGUUGUAAUAUAGUGUACAUUAUCUUUAGCUUCUAGACAUCAUUCCCUUGCUUGGGGAGGCUCACUGGUCACAGGCUGGGUUUAAGGCCUAGCAUGUCUUCACCUCAAGUAUGAUUGUGUCUUCCUAAUGGGGGUGUUAGCAUCAUUGCCUUCCAUUAGUGCAAUUGUCCUCCAGUCUCCCUUUAGGGUACUGAGAAAAAGUGCUGUUAAACAUCUUUAUUCUCUGUGCUCGUGGAGAUCCGGGUAAUUUGUUUGCCAAAAUGAAAUCUCAUUUCUUGAUAGAACAUUUCACAUUAAGAAUGAUGUCUUUUUUUUUUUUGUAACCUAAUAAACUGUCAUUUUAAAUACACCUGAAAAGUUAUUUUUAUUGAAAACUGAAAAAGGGUAAUAAAGUGCUUAAAUUACCUCAUACAAUAAAUUUUAUUAUAAAGAUAAAAAUCUUCAAUCUGCAAUAUAUUAUUUUCACAAUACUGUGUCUGCCUUCAUGACCAUUUUGCAAGUCAUUGAAGUAGUGCUGGAUUGAAAAUGUUUCAUUGUGAAGCUCAGUUUAAUUAGUCGGUAUGCACUAGUACUUCAUUAAAACAACAUUCUGAGUUCUUAAUCUUUGGUAGUUCAUGGGGAAAGAACAUUAACAAUACAAAAUAUAUUACUCUGAUAGGAUAUGAUUGAAAUAAACCUCAAACCAACUGCGUGACUUCCAAAUAAAAUUUACUUUUAUGUAGCUUACAAAGAAACAUUGCCAUACUGGUUUUUCACUAUGCUGUUUUUAUGUACAUAUAUAUUUAUAGUAUAUUUAUUUUAAACUGCAGUAUCAUGGGUAAUAACAUUCAAUUCACUUGGAUCAUCGAAGAUUUGAACUCCGACUCACAAACCAGGACAAGAAUGCUCACAACAAGGAAAGCUUAAGAAACUAAUGAUCAAUCCAAGAUUUAAACCUUCCCUGGGAGCACAUCAACAGUAUCUGGUGGCAAUUAACCCUGCCAUCAAUUAUAUUUGAGUAACAUAUAUAAUAGUUGUCUUUAAAGAACUAUUUAUUUUGAAAAUGGCUAGUGAAUUAAAUGCAGUUUUAUGUAUAUUUCUGACUGGAAAAACAAAAAAUAUAAUGCCUGAAUUUA